GGUGGGGUGGAAUCUGAUUCGUAAAACAUCAUCAUCUCCUCUGGACAGAGCCUGGGACAUGCACAAGAGAGGCACAGCGUGAUGGGAAGCACUCAGUAGUACUGCGUAAACCCAUGAGACUAAGAGGAGAGAGGCACCAGUGGGAUGGGGACCAUCAGCAUGGAGUCUUCACAUUACCCAGUCCAUUUCUACCGGGAGUACCACAAUAACAACAUCAUUUCGCUACACUACAACUACACAGGCAAGCUCCAUGCCAGCAAGUACAAGGGCAGCCUCAAGGCCGAUGCCAUCGCCUUCCUGGUUGUGUGUGCCUUCAUUGUGGUGGAAAAUCUAGUGGUGCUGCUAGCCAUCUGGAGGAACAAGAAAUUCCACUUGCCCAUGUAUUAUCUGAUUGGGAAUCUGACGCUGUCGGACCUGCUGGCUGGUGUGGCCUACACUGCCAAUAUCAUCCUGUCUGGGCCCAGCACACUCAAGCUCACCCCUGUCCAGUGGUUCCUGCGGGAAGGUGGGGUCUUUGUCACGCUCGCUGCGUCUGUCCUCAGCCUCUUGGCGAUUGCCAUUGAACGGCACAUAACCAUGAUCCGCAUGAGACUCUACCACGGGGACAAGAAAGGGCGGAUGUUCUUGUUGGUGGGCGCCAGCUGGCUGGUCUCCAUCUUGCUUGGGGUGCUGCCAAUUCUGGGCUGGAACUGCAUGGAGAACCUUCCCGAGUGUUCCACGGUGCUGCCCCUCUAUUCUAAGCAUUAUGUCCUUUUCUGCAUCACCAUUUUCUUGGCGAUCCUGGUCUCCAUUGUAGUACUCUACGCCCGCAUCUACCGCAUGGUCAAGUUCAACGGGCAGCGUCUGGGCAGCCUCCGGAAAGGCAUGCUCAAGAAGUCGCAGAAGUACAUGGCCCUGCUGAAGACGGUGACCAUUGUGGUGGGCACUUUCAUAGCCUGCUGGCUACCGCUUUUCGUCCUCCUGUUGCUGGAUGUUGCAUGCCAGGCCCAGUCCUGCAGUGUGCUCUACAAGGCAGACUAUUUCCUGGCCUUGGCGAUGAUGAACUCCCUGCUUAAUCCCAUCAUUUACACCCUGACCAGUAAGGACAUGAGGCGGGCCAUUUUCAAGUUGCUCUGCUGCCUCCUGGUGGUCCCACCAGGUGCAGAGGAGAGCCGGGCCAAGCGCUUUGGUUUCCCCAUACUGGAGGGCAGCACCAGCAAGUCAGAGCGUUCGUCUCACCAGCAGGAGGGGCUCAAUACCAGCUUGUCAGUCGGGAAUGGCACCCCGGCAGCCAUCAAGGCGUUGGUGUUAAAGGCUGCUUACUGAAUUCCUUGGUGAGCCCUGGCCAGGGCAGCAGCCAGAAAAGCCGGGUGC